AUGGAGAAGAGAAAUGGUCAGCGAGUGAUUCUCUUCCCUCUGCCGUUACAAGGCUGCAUAAACCCUAUGCUUCAACUCGCCAACAUCCUUCACUCCAGAGGCUUCUCCAUCACUUUGAUCCACACGCGCUUCAACGCGCCGAGAGCUUCCAGCCAUCCUCUCUUCACCUUCUUACAGAUCCCCGAUGGCUUGUCUGAAACCCAGAUCAACGAAGAUCCUACUUCUAAUGUCAUGUCUCUGCUCGCGAAAAUCAACGUUAACGCCGAGUCCCCGUUCCGUGAUUGUUUGCAAAAGCUGUUGCUGCUACAAUCGCAAGAAUCGGAGAGGAUCAGCUGCUUGAUCGAUGAUUGUGGAUGGCUUUUCACUCAAUCUGUUUCAGAGAUCUUAAACCUCCCGAGAUUUGUUCUCUCUACCUUUAAAGCCACUUUCUUGAAUGCUUAUCCAAUUCUUCCUCUUCUCCGCACCAAAGGAUAUCUUCCAGUUUCAGAUUCGGAAGCAGAGGACUCUGUUCUUGAGUUCCCGCCGCUUCAAAAGAGAGAUCUUUCAAGGGUUUUAGGGGAAGACGGAGAGGAGCUUGACCCGUUUCUACGAACAACAGUCGAAACGACGAUGCGAUCUUCAGGGAUAAUAUUCAUGUCCUGCGAAGAGCUGGAGGAAGAUUCGUUGACUCUUGCCAACGAGAUUUACAAGGUUCCGGUUUUCGCGACAGGUCCGUUUCACAGCUACUUCUCUGCUUCUUCUAGCAGCUUAUUCACACAAGACGAGACUUGUAUUCCUUGGUUAGAUAAUCAAGAAGAUAAAUCAGUAAUCUACGUGAGUCUAGGAAGCGUUGUGAACAUAACGGAAUCAGAUUUGUCGGAGAUUGCUUGGGGUUUGAUCAAUAGCAAGCAGCCUUUCGUGUGGGUGGUCCGACCCGGUUUGGUCCGAGGAGCGCAGGGGAUCGAACCGUUUUCUGAAGAGGUGGUGAGAAGCAUUGAAGAGAGAGGGAAGAUAGUGAAAUGGGCACCACAACAGGAGGUUCUUGCACAUGGAGCCGUUGGAGGGUUUUUGACACACAAUGGUUGGAACUCGACGCUAGAGAGUAUAUGCGAAGGGGUUCCUAUGAUAUGUUUGCCUGGAGGAUGGGAUCAGAUGCUGAAUUCAAGAUUCGUGAGUGAUGUUUGGAAGGUGGGGAUUCACUUGGAAGGUAGGAUUGAGAGAAGAGAGAUUGAGAAAGCUGUGAGGAUGUUAAUGGUGGGAAGUGGUGGAGAGAAGAUUCGUGAGAGGAUGAAUGUUUUGAAAGAUGAGGUUGGGAGAUCGGUUAAACAUGGAGGCUCUUCGUUUCGAUCUAUUGAAACUCUAGCUAACCAUAUACUAUCGCUGUAA